GUCAUUUCCGGCCUCGGCUCCGCACUUCCGGCUGCUCGGUGCAGUUAGCUGCUCAGUGUGGAUUAGCUUCUCCGGACUCCCAGUGGCUCCUGUCGCAGACUGCCUCCGCUGAAUCGCCCGGUGUCGGCUUCCUGCUGACUCCCUCCGUCGGACCGAGAGGCACCGAGCCCGGGACGCAGCAUCAUGUCCACCGCGCUGGAGAGCUACAUCAACCGUACGGUGGCCAUCGUCACCUCGGACGGGAGGAUGAUCGUGGGCACCCUGAAGGGCUUCGAUCAGACCAUCAACCUGAUCCUGGACGAGAGUCACGAGCGGGUGUUCAGCUCCAGCCAGGGCGUGGAGCAGGUGGUGCUCGGCCUCUACAUCGUCCGAGGAGACAACGUCGCUGUGAUCGGCGAGAUCGACGAGGAAACGGACUCCACUCUGGAUUUAGGGAACAUUCGGGCCGAGCCGCUCAACUCGGUCGUCCACUGACCUCUGACCUCUGGACCAACCCACGUCUCCAUGGCAACGGCAGCUCGACUCGGCGAUGUUUUACUGGAGGUUGAGACGUCCUGGUGAAACUGCGACAGUCCUGCCGCUGUGCUUCUGUUCUUUGUAUUUUUAUAAAGUUAUUGAAGUUUGAACUUUUUUAAAAAAAAGAAAUUGUGUUUUUUGUCAACCAAACUGUUUAAUAAAGUUUGUUGUUGUAUUCAGA